ACUAUUAUGAUUGGUGAACCACCUGGAUGUUCAGCAAAUAUAACAGGUGAUAAAAACGAAUCAGUUGGCAUCAAUGAUAAUUGUGACAGUAAAGAUGAGGUUAUUUGGAAAGUGGGACAAAAGUUUACAAGUAUUGAAUUGGUAGAGGCUUGUAAAACUAAUUAUGAGUUAAAACGACAUUGUCAACUUGUGAAGAGUAAAGUAAGAUCUUUAGAAGCUGCUAAAAAGAGAAUUCCUAAACGAAUUGCUUUAGCUAAUAUGGCAUUGCACUACCAAACUUUACAGUUUGUUUGCAAGUUUAGUGGAAAGUCGAGUCAGCCAGAAUUAGAAAGAAAGAGAAAAACUAAAUCCUUCCGUUGUGGUUGUCUAUUUGAAAUUGUGCUGGAACUUUCAGUUGACAAUCAGCACCUACAAGUGGUGCGUGUACAAGAAGAACACAAUCAUCUGGUUUCUCAGAAACUGUACGAACACUUGCCUAAACAAAGAACUUUAUCUCCAGAUAUGAUGAAAAACGUUAAAGAGGCGAUUUAGUUGAAAGCAAAUAGCAAACAUCUACAGCAAAAGAUUGAGUUAUUGUCUGGCAAAAAAUGCAUAUUAAAAGAUAUUGCUAACCUUCGUCAAUAUUCUAAAGUUUCAUUUUCUGAUAAUGAAAUAUAUGACAUUGCAGAAUUUCUCAAACAACGAAAAGGAUCUGGUUGAAGUUCUUGUUGAUUCUGAUAAAAAGUUCAAGGGGCUUUUUUUUCAGGACUCACAAAUGCAGAAGAUGUACGAAAGGUACCCAGAGAUACUUUUUGUAGAUGCUACGUACCAGCUACUGGGGUUACGCAUGCCUAUUUAUUUAAUGAUUGUAAUAGAUGGAAAUGGCCAAAAUGAGAUUGUGGC